AUGCCCAGACGAGAUAGAAUUAAACCCUCUUUUGAAGAUGAUGAAUCAUUUGAAAAUGAAUUUGACUACAGAUACAAAAGAGGCAAGGAACAGACUUCACUAAACAGUGACAACGAAAAUAGUGAGAGUGGAAGUGGUAGUGAAGAAAACGAACAUGAAAAUGAACAUGAUGUUGACGAUGAGAUGGCUAGUAUUUCCUUUGGAGCACUCAAUAGGGCCCAGGCUCGAUUGAAACAAGAACAACUGCGACGUUCACAGCGGGACUAUGAAUCAGACUCAGACUCAGACUCAGCACCGGAAGAAACUUCGAGCUCAUCUCAACCUACCAAUAAGAAGAGAAGCAAACAUGCACCGGCAGUGUCUUCAACAAAGAAACCAGUCUCACGAAUCCGUGAUAUCCCAGGACUUCCCUCACGCAAAUCGCAAACUUUGCAUUCAGAUAUCAGAUUCGACGCUGCAUAUGGUAAAGCAGAUUUGAAUCAAGCUCGUAAGAAUUAUGCAUUCUUGGAUGAAUAUAGAAAGCAGGAGAUUGCCAAUAUGGAGUCGAUACUAAAGGACAAGAAAUCCAAGCUCAACGAGUCUGAAAAAGAGGAGAUUAGAUUGCAAUUACAAUCACUAAAGUCACGAAUGGACAGCUUGAAAAAUAGAGACUUGGAGAACCUGAUAUUGAAAGAGUACAAGAAGAAACAAUACCAAAAUGUUAAGGAAGGCAAGUCGAGCCAGCCUCACUUUUUGAAACGUAGCGAUAAGCGCAAGAUUUUGCAAAAGGCUAAAUUCGACAGCAUGAAACCUAAGCAAAGAGAAAGAGCUAUGGAAAGAAAGAGGAAGAAGAGAUUGGGUAAGGAAUUUAGGCAAUUGGAAUUUAGACCUCUGAAUUAG